GAAAAGGCACCGUCCUUCUUCCUCGCACCUCUUCGUGUCCCACGUUUCUGCCAACCCCAUUUCCCCCAUAUUUUUCCGCUGCGUCGCUCGCUGCUCUCAAUACCCUGCAACCUUAUCUUCAACUGAACCGAAUCAACACUGUUGCUUGGGCAAAGCUCGUCUCAGAACAAUAUAAAUUCAACAAUAUCGACGGCUCUUGAUGCAUGCAUUAUCUUUAAUACUCACGGAGGAAUAUUGCAAAUCUCGGUUAUAACCCUCUCCUUCCUAACCACACCUCUCAUUUUGUGGAGCCGGCCUCCCGAGAUGGACCUCAACAGUCCAAGCCGAUUCUGUCCUCGAAAGUCUACCGUCGGCGACCGCUUCCUCGGCUCUUCUCCCCAUCAUGACAACACUAGCUCCUCCUCCGCCCCAGCUUCAAGCGCCGGUGUCGAGCUCAACGAAGACGACGUUCUCUGGACCGGAGAUUUCUCCGACUUGGACCAUCACCACCACUCAACCCCUCCGUCCUCCGCUUCAUCCAACCCUCACCACAACCUCCUACACAAUCACCACCACAAGAGUUUCGCUGGGUCCGAGAGUUUCGGCAUCCUCGCAGCGCUCCCUGAGAAUGAAACGUCCCCCAACAUCCGAAACUUUUCGCAUUUGUACCCAAAGGCUUCUCUUUCGCUCUCUUCCUCGUCCUCCUCAACCUCCACUUCCUCACGUAUCAUUCCGACGAUCCCCAAACCUUCGCAGGAUCGAAUGUCGUUGCCUUCCUCGGUCAGGUACCAGUCGGCGCCGGUGAACGUGCCGGUCCUGGCCAAGGCCAUGCGGAGGCAUCGCGAAUUCGACGCCAUUGAUGACGUUGACGAUGAUGGGGACGGAGAGAUGUUGCCACCGCACGAGAUUGUGGCGAGAGUGCAGUCGCCGAUGCUCGCGUGCUCCGUGCUUGAAGGCGCAGGGAGGACGCUCAAGGGGAGGGAUCUUCGCCAGGUUCGGAAUGCGGUGUGGCGGCGAACAGGUUUUCUUGAUUAAGAACUUCUAUUUCUCUCCAAUUUCUCGAAAAGUGCGUUCUUUUAUUUAUUUCUUCACCCCCCCCCCCCCCCCCCCCCCCCCCCCCCCCCCCCCUCCUUAAUUUUUGCUUCAUUGAGAAUUAUAUGGGCACGAAGUGUUGGUUUAAUUAUGAAGCCUUUCCUAGGGGACUUGACGUAUAUGUUGCUGCGAGCUUUGAAUGGUGCUAAAUCUGUUUCUUCUCCCUUUUAUAUGGUUUCUUAGAAAAUGUACUAACAAAAAAGAAAGGAAAAGAAAAUUAGGUCUUUCGAAUGUUUGAAUACUUGAAAUUUCAUCUAUUAAAUUCCUUUUUUGGGACUCUUC